UCUCCCUCUUCCUUCCUCUGUCUUUCUCUGCUUCUCUUUCUUCUUCUCUCCCUCUCUUUCUGUUUUCCUGACUAUUUUAAACCUUCUGUCACCUUCCCUUUUCCCCUAUAUGUAUAUGUCUAUCCCAUAUCUUUCUUUGUCUUUCCUGUGAGCACUGUGGUGCCUCUGUCAGUGAAGCUUCUCAGUUCUUCAACAUUCGCUUGUCAAUUGUUUAAAAGGCAAGGACGAAGAGAAAAAAAUGAAGAAAAUCUUCAGAGUGAGGUCUAUCGUUAUUGUCUUAUGCAGCAUCUUUCUGUUUUUGUGCCCCAAUGGCGUGGGAGCUAUGCAGUGUUAUCAAUGCAAUAGCCGUAACAACAGCCAAUGCGCCGAUCUUAAACCUCCAGACACUAUGAAAAUAGAUUGCUCGGAUCUCAAGGAUGGCGCAAAGUAUACGAUGUGUCGAAAAAUCACGCAAGUCAUCGAAUUCAGCGUCAACGGCCUACCACCUGAUACGCGAGUUAUUCGAGGAUGCGGUUGGGACGAGUCAAAUUACAAAGGCAAAUGCUACCAACGAAGUGGCUUCGGUGGUCGGCAAGAAGUUUGUUCCUGUCUGACCGAUUAUUGCAACGCGGCAAUGCCUGGUACGCUGCCGACUCGCAGCUUCAUCCUUCUGUGCUCUCUAAUCAGCGUAUCGCUAGCGUUUCUGCGAAAUUAGCCGUUCUCGAGAGCUAUCGAAGCUCAGCGUAGAAUUCAAAUACGAGUAAAGCGAAGUCUGUAUUAGUGGUAGUAAGAAGAUUAACAUCAGCGUGCUUUUGCCGCUGCAAAUACGAACGAUAGAUUGUUACUACUAAGAUAUACCACAACGGAAAACAAUGAUGGGAAAACAAUAUCUCGCCAACAUGAAAAAUUCUAAUUGUAGAAGAAAACAACUAGCCUUCUAAAUUUAUACAUAUAUAUAUAUAAAUAUAAUGUCCAAACAGCGGUUUAGAAAAAAUGAGCCUAUUCGAUUAUGUACAUUGUAUUAAGCCUAUCUCGAUGCGGCGUAAUUCGAGCUAUACAACGACACAAUUGGCUUAUUGAUUAGCGAUUCAACUAACGACCACUUUGAUUAACCACUUUGAUUAACACGAAUCAAUUUGUC